GAUCCAGUGUUUCUCAAGAGAGCGCGAGUCAGCGAGAGCGAGAGAGAGAGAGAGAGAAAGAGAGCAGGAGACCGGCAAUGGCAAAGGCGGCACCACCGGCGUUCGUGUACCGGAUCAGCACGGUCGACGAGUGGACGGAGUUUCAGCGCACGGGCGCCACCCUCGGAGGCGACCUCGACCGCUCCACCGGCUGCAUCCAUCUCAGCGACAUAAGCCAGGUGAAGAUGACUUUAAAAAACUUCUUCCUGGGAAGGAAUGAUCUAUACUUACUGCAAAUUGACGCUUCCAAGCUUGCAGAUGGAUUAAUUUAUGAGGCAAGUGAUGAUAAUAACUAUUUUCCUCAUUUCUAUGGCCCUGGUCGGAGCUUUGUACCUCUUCAACUAGAUGCUGUCGUGAAGGCAGACAAAAUAGAGCUUGCAGACAAUGAUUUUACCUGUGGUCUACUUGAUGGCAGUGAUCUCCCAAGCUGAUUUUUAGAGUCUCACAUUUAUCUUAGCAAUGUUCAUUUGAGUUCUCAACCGAAGCUUAGUUUUUAUGAUCUCUAUGGGCAGAAGUCAUACUCAUAUAUAAUAGUGACAGAUUGUACCAUCCAGAAUUAUCAACAGCUAUGCAUACACUUUCUUGGUGUAACCGUGGAAGAUAAAAUAUGAUCAUGGGAAGUUCAGAACUGUUUGGAAUUUAUGGAUCAUGAUGGAUCAGGAUGUUCAUUAUGCUAAAGCAAAUAAUACAAUGUGUACUUGUUGUCAUGUUACAUCCAGUGCCUUGUUGCAUAGACAUAUAAGUACUAUAUGUUGAAUAAGCAAUUGUUAAUGAUUCUGAAAAUGGGGGUUUUACAUCGUACUGUAUAUUAGUAAAGAAUGCAAAGGGAGGUACUUCUGAAAAUACUCUAUGUUGAAAUAAGCACCUUAUUGUGCUUCAAUUGUUAAUGAUUCUGAAGAAGUCAGUUUUACAUGGUACUGUAUCAGUGAAGAAUGCAAAAGGAGGUACUUUAGAAAAUACUUUCUAGCAUUAGGUUCAUGGUACGAAUAUUGCAGAUAAAGUCUACAGAUGUUAUUGCAUAUUUUGAAGGAAUAGCAGACAUUUUUGAAAAGAUGGUUGCGUAUCAGUUCUGCUGGUGAUUGGGUUGAGCUUUGCACAAUAUCAUUGCAACUGGAAUUGAGUGCACCACUCUGUCCCUGUUGUGCUCGCUCCUUUGUUGCCCCUACAUGUGUCAUUUUUUACUGCUAUGGUUUCUUCGAGGUGCAUCGGUUUGGAAUAUAUUAAAUAUCAUUGAACAAUUUUUUGUUGUUGUGGAAAUUUCUUAACUGUAGAGUGUAGUAUCAGUGUCUACAAGAUCCUACACAACAGAGACUUCUAUCUUUCCCUGGCAGAUCCUGAAAGGCACAGAUUGAAGCAUGGAGAUUGUAGAUGGUAGCAUUUUGGUGCAUGUUGAAUUUGGAAGUGUAAGAAUGCGGCGACUGCUGCCCAUCUUGUCAACUCACCAAACAACUUGUAAUGGUCAAAAGUGGUGGGGAACUAUACAGGAGAUUAAGGGACUGUAUCUGCUGGCAUGAAAUGCUCACUUCCUCGCUGGACUGGAAGGAAUUACCUGAUGGUUUAAUCAAUGGAACAUGCUCCCCCUCAAAUUUGUUAGUUGUUUCCUUGUGUCCAAGUAAAUAAACUUACAAGAUUCUAUCCAUUCGAAGAACUUCAGAUGCAGCUAGAGGCUUUCGUGACAUAUGAGACAUGGGUUUUUACUCCUGGAUGGAGUUCGCCAACCAUUUGGCGGGUCCUAACGAAUUCACAGGUUUUUACCUCUGUUGUUCCAAGACCUCAAGUUACAUACUAUGCUUAGUACGUGUCUGUUUGGAAAAUUUUCAUAGAAAAAAAAUAAUGUAUUUGAAAGUACCCUUCGUGCAUGUGCAUGUGCAUGUGGUACUGUAUUGGUAAUUUGGUAUAUACAAUCCUAGUACAUGCCUAACUAUCUGAGAAUAUCAGGUCCUGAUUUUGACUUU